CCUUGUUUUGCAUGAUCUUUCCUUGUCCUCCAUAGCUUGUCGCCCUCGUAUUCGAAAACCUUCCGGAGACUCUCCAGACACCUGCAGCGUGGGUCAAUCAUCUUGCAACUCUCGACUCGGAUGACCUCGAAAUUCCCGAAUUAAUGCAUGCGUUGGACAAAGCAGUUGGUGUGCAGGGCAUACUAGAACAGGUCACCUUUGACUUGGUCGAGCAGAAGAUCAAAUGUGUCUUCUUCGACGGGGAGACGGAGGAAUGGCACAUUGGCUCUUGCUAUCAGGGCCUCUUGGGAGAAGCGGCUCAUCGACGGAAAGCUGAUCUAGUCAGGAGACUAGACAGUGUCAUCGACGAUGUGAAUGAAAGCGCAGCGGAAGUGGAAAGAGAACGCAGACGAGAGGAAGAGCGGAAGGAGCAAAAACGGAUGAGGGAAGAGGACGAACGGCUAGAUGCUGCGAAACAGGACGAAAUCACCGCGUCCAUUCACGGACGAAGGAAUAGGCCUGGUCACAAGAAGCAGCGGUCUUUGCUGAUGAAUCUCGUAUCGUGAGCUCAUUCUUGACCAACGACCUUCUUGACACUAACCGUUCUGCAGGUCAUUACUCCCUCUCAGUUUAAAUUCUCCCCGGAGCCCUCGUUCACCUCUUUCCUGGUCAUUA